UUCCUUCUCCUCACUAACUCCAGCCCCACGUGAAGAAAGAACACAAGAGUGUGAUAGCGAGAGCAAUGGCCCUAGCCUGCAGCGCUUCCAUCUCUACCAAAUCCCUCCUCCAACCCCAUUCAGACUCCGCCACCGCCUUCAUUCAACCCCAUCCAGACCCCGCCACCGCCUUCCUCGGCGCCGCACCACAUGUACGUUCCGUCAUCUCCGGCAGCGGCCGUCCUCGUCCCAUUAACGCCAUACACGCUGCCGAACCCGCCAAGAACCCAACUGUCAUCGAAAAGCCAUCUCCAGCCGCCACCGUUCUGUCGCCGGCGAGGCCAGGGAAAUGGACUCUUGACAGUUGGCAGUCAAAGAAGGCGCUACAGCUUCCGGAGUACCCCAACAAGGAGGAUCUGGCUUCAGUACUACACACGAUCGAGAACUUCCCCCCGAUCGUCUUCGCUGGAGAGGCCCGCAAUCUAGAGGAACGACUCGGGGAAGCUGCCGUAGGCCGCGCAUUCCUUCUCCAGGGCGGAGAUUGCGCCGAGAGCUUCAAGGAGUUCAACGCCAACAACAUCCGAGAUACGUUCCGCGUUCUCCUCCAGAUGAGCGCCGUCCUCAUGUUCGGGGGCCAGAUGCCUGUCAUCAAGGUGGGGAGAAUGGCCGGACAAUUUGCGAAGCCGAGGUCGGAAAACUUUGAGGAGAAGGAUGGCGUCAAACUACCGAGCUACAGAGGAGAUAACAUCAAUGGCGAUGCCUUCGAUGAGAAGUCGAGGAUUCCGGAUCCGCACAGGAUGAUCAGAGCUUACUGCCAGGCAGCUGCCACGCUGAACUUACUCCGCGCUUUCGCAACCGGAGGCUAUGCCGCUAUGCAGAGAAUAACGCAGUGGAACCUCGAUUUCACCGAGCACAGCGAGCAGGGAGACAGGUAUAGGGAGUUAGCCCAUCGGGUGGAUGAGGCUCUCGGCUUCAUGUCGGCUGCAGGGCUUACGGUGGAUCACCCCAUCAUGACUACGACAGAGUUUUGGACCUCCCACGAGUGCCUUCUCCUUCCUUACGAGCAGUCCCUCACCCGCAAGGACUCCACCUCCGGCCUGUACUACGACUGCUCCGCUCACAUGCUCUGGGUCGGCGAGCGUACUCGCCAGCUCGAUGGUGCCCACGUGGAGUUCCUCCGUGGUAUUGCUAAUCCUCUUGGCAUUAAGGUGAGUGAUAAGAUGGACCCGAAUCAGCUAGUGAAGUUGAUUGAGAUCCUGAACCCAGAAAACAAGCCAGGGAGGAUAACUAUAAUUACAAGGAUGGGAGCUGAGAACAUGAGGGUCAAGCUGCCUCAUCUUAUCAGAGCCGUCCGCAGCGCGGGGCAGAUUGUCACUUGGGUCAGCGACCCUAUGCAUGGAAACACAAUCAAGGCUCCCUGCGGUCUCAAGACUCGCCCAUUCGACGCUAUUCUGGCGGAGGUCCGAGCAUUCUUCGACGUCCAUGAGCAGGAAGGUAGCCACCCAGGCGGAGUGCACCUGGAGAUGACGGGGCAGAAUGUUACGGAGUGCAUCGGUGGAUCGCGCACCGUUACCUUUGACGACCUCAGCUCUCGCUACCACACACACUGUGACCCUCGGCUCAAUGCCUCACAAUCACUGGAGCUGGCAUUCAUCAUCGCCGAGCGUCUCAGGAAGCGCAGGAUUGUCAACAGACGCCCGCGGCUUGAUUCCCUGCCUUCCAUGGGACUCUCAAUCCUGUGAGCAAUUUAAGGGUUUACUCAUUUAUCUCUUGUAAGAUUCUGGAUGUACUUGUGUAUUUUAAUGCUUUGGUUGAUUUUCAUUUACUUAAACGUGUAUCUGUAUCUGUGAGCGUGGAUCAAUUUGGUCUGUAUUCUGAGAUUAGAAUGAACAGGGUUUGAAUUAAUUUCGCUGUUCUGAAGAAGCAAGUUCUAACAUCCUCAGUGAUGUAUUAUUCUUCGUUGAUGAUUUUGACUAUGCUUUAGGUUGUUCAAGAACACAUUUCGUCGAGGAAAUUGUACCUGGAAUUACUUUAUGAUUGGGUCUUGUUUUCAUUGAAUGCAUGUAAGAUUGGGACAAAAUGAUAAGUUCAGUGGUUUAUAAAAAUAUAUAUU